GGACUUCCAGAGGGUGACACACCUCCCGCCCAGCGGGGUCCUAGAUGCCCCCACACUUCAUCAGAUGGCUCUGCCGCGGUGCGGCACAGGCGACGGGGAGAGCCGCGCUGCCUGGGCACACCGGGCAUCUGCCGCCCGGCGUCACAGGCGCACUGCGCAGCACGCCUACCUGCCGCAGCACGAGGUGCGCCUGGCUGUGAAAGCCGCCUUCGAACUCUGGAGCAACGUGUCCUCACUGGUGUUCUGGGAGGCCCGGGACGGCCCGGCUGACAUCCGCCUGACCUUCUUCCAUGGAGAUCACAACGAUGGACUCAACAACGCCUUCGAUGGACCAGGAGGUGCCCUGGCUCAUGCCUUCUUCCCCCGGCGCGGGGAAGCCCACUUCGACAGCGCCGAGCGCUGGUCCCUGCGCAGCGGCAAAGGGCGCAACCUCUUCAUCGUGGUGGCACACGAGGUCGGCCACACGCUGGGGCUGGAGCACUCCCCCGUCAAGAGCGCCCUGAUGUCUCCCUACUACAAGAAGCUCAGCAAGGAUUUUGUCCUCAACUGGGAUGACAUCUUGGCCAUCCAGAACUUGUAUGGGAAGCCCUCCAAGGGCUCGGCUGUCCAGCUCCCGGGAAAGGUCUUCACUCACUUCCAGGCCUGGAGCACGGACCUUUACGGUGGGGACCAGCAGCAGAGGAGCCUCAGCACUUAUUACUGCCACUCCUUCUUCGACGCCAUAACUGCUGACAUGGAUCACAACCUCUACAUCUUCAAGGGCAGCCACUACUGGGUGGGGCCGGCAAGCGGCGGCCGAUGCUGGUGCUACGCGGGCUCCACCUUGGAGGCAGGUUUCCCCCAGAAAUGCAGCGCCCGCGGCCUCCCGCGGCACCCCGACACGGCACUCUACUUCCAGCAGCUCCGGCGCCUGGUCCUCUUCAAAGGACCCAAGUACUUCGUGGUGAGCGAGGAGACCCUCGACGUGGAGCCCUACUACCCCCGCAGCCUGCGGGACUGGGAGGGUUUGCCCCCCGGCCCGGCGGGGGCCCCCCCCCACCCGCCGGCCGUCUACUUCUUUCGCGAUGACCAGUACUGGCAAUUCGACCGGGCGAAGCUGCGAGUGGUGGCCACCGGCAAAUGGGCCACCCAGUUGCCCUGGAUGGGCUGCUGGGAUGCAAACAGAAUGGAGGGUCGGCACCUCGAGGAGCUUUUCUGGGCUGCCGUCAUGUCCCAGCUCUUGGGUGAGGCACCAGCUGGAGACACCAACACCGGGGGGGAUUUUCUGGGGAGAAAGCAGAGGGUCUUGGUGUAG